CCGGGGGAAGAGGAGGGGAAAGGUGCUGGAGUUGUCGCAUCCAGUUGCGUUUAUAGACUAGCUAGUAACCGGCUGUUUGCGCUUCAGAGAACACAACAAGUAGGGACAAUAUGCCUACUAAAGUAGCCUAGCUACUGGUUUUAUAGAUUAUAUAGGAUAUCGAUUUGUAUAAUUAAGUUUAUAAUGGUUUAUAUCACGGUAAAUGACCUCACUCAACUUAACGCAAUCGGCGCGAUGCAACUCCCUCGUUUCAUGACGUUUGUUCUGGUAAUUUCUUGUGAGUUGUACCGGGCAGUCGCUGGUCCGGGCGCUGGGUUGAAGACGUGGGAGAGGUUUAGUAAAUUGGACUACCCCGGGGACAAAGCUUUCCUCUACGACACCUUUCCUGACAACUUCAUGUGGGCGGUUGGAACGGCAGCUUACCAGGUGGAGGGUGCGUUUGAGAAAGACGGGAAGGGCCUGUCCAUUUGGGACACUUUUACGCGCGGCGGGAACCGGGUAGCUACCGGGGACGUUGGCAGCGACAGCUACCAUAACACCCAAAGCGACGUCCGGGCGCUCAAACAGCUCGGGGUCAGUCACUACCGCUUCUCGCUCUCGUGGUCGCGGAUAUUUCCAAACGGCAGCCGCGGUAGCUACAACGAGAUCGGUACCAACUACUACCGGACGCUAAUACGGAAGCUGAAGGAGAUCAGCGUGCAACCGGUGAUCACGCUCUAUCACUGGGACUUACCUGACAACCUGCAGAGAACGUUCGGCGGGUGGAGCGACCCAGCGCUCGUGGAACUUUUCCGUGAUUAUGCAGAUUUCUGUUUCCAAACAUUCGGUGACGAUGUGAAGUAUUGGAUCACGAUAGACAACCCGUUCCUGGUGGCGUGGAACGGGUACGGUACUGGGAAGGUGGCUCCGGGAAUCAAGAAUGACCCGGACCUGCCGUUUAGAGUGGGACACAACCUCCUCAAGGCUCAUGCUGCAGCGUGGCACCUCUACGACCGCCACUACCGGCCCCAGCAGCAGGGGAAAGUUUCAAUGGCACUGGCCUCCCAUUGGAUCAAGCCCAGCAGGACACGGCGUGAGAGCCUGCAGGCGUGUCAGUGGUCCUUGGACUUUGUGUUGGGCUGGUUCGCCAGACCCCUCUUCAUUGAUGGAGAUUACCCCCCUAGCAUGAAGCACAACCUGUCCCACCGCCUGCCCUCGUUCACACAGGCACAGAGGGAUGAGGUGAGGGGGACCGCUGACUUCUUUGCUCUGUCCCAUGGUCCUUCUCUGAGCUACCAGCUGAUUGACGUCAGUCUCAAAUUUGGCCAGAUUGAAGUUCUGGACCUGAGGAUGCUGCUAUACUGGAUCAGAGCAGAGUACGACAACCCACCCAUCUACAUAGUAGAGAGUGGCUGGUUUGUCCAGGGAGACAUCAAGACAGAGGACUCUAAGAACAUGUAUUACCUCAAGAGGUUCAUUAUGGAGACACUGAAAUCGAUCAAGUACGAUGGGGUGAAUGUGAUUGGCUACACCCACUGGUCCCUGCUGGAUGGGUUUGAAUGGCACAGAGAGUAUGAUAUACGCAGAGGCCUCUACUAUGUCGACUUCAACACACACAACCUCAAGAGGAGGCCCAAGACCUCCGCCAACUUCUACAAGAAGUUGAUCCAGAAGAAUGGUUUUCCCCAGCUGCCUGAGAACAGACCAGCUCAGGGAGUUUUCCCCUGUGACUUCGCCUGGGGGGUGUCCGCCAACUCUAUACAGGUGGAGACCACCCCCACCCAGUUUGUAGAUCCCAGUGUGUACGUAUGGAACAUCACCGGCAACGGGGAGCUGAGGAGGUUAGAGGGGUUCCAGGCCCCGCCUCUCCGCAGGGCACAGCACUGUGCCGACUACGCCACCAUCCGCCAGCAGGUGGAAGAGAUUCGUCGUGUGGGAGUCAACCACUUCCACUUCUCUCUCAACUGGUCCUCCCUGGUGCCCAGCGGCAACGUGACCCAGCCCAACACUACCUUACUAGGGUACUACCACUGCUUUACGAGCCAGCUGCACCAGGCUAACAUCACGUCCAUGGUCACCCUGUGGCACCACACACGCCAGCGCUCCAGCCUGCCAGCCCCGAUGGAGGCAGCGGGAGGCUGGUUCAACAGGGACACAGUGGUGGCGUUUGUGGACUACGCUCGGCUGUGCUACAGAGAGCUGGGUCCCCAUGUGAAGAUGUGGAUCACCUUGAACGAGCCCAAUGAUGAAGAUGAUGUGUCUCCGAUGGAGGGCCACCAGCUGCUGAGGGCACACGCCCUGGCGUGGCACGCCUACGACCAGGAGUACAGACACACACAGGGGGGACAGGUUUCCUUGGCUCUUCACAUGGACUGGGUGGAGCCAGCGUUCUCCUUCAGCCGCGAGGACGUGGAACCAGCCAACAGGGUUCUGGACUGUCGUGUGGGCUGGUUCUCAGAACCCAUAUUUGGCGGUGGAGAUUACCCGCCUCGCAUGAGGAGCUGGUUCCACCAACGACACUCCCUUGACCUGUUCCAUUACCACCUGCCAUUGUUCAGUGAUGAGGACAGACAGCUGGUGAGGGGGACGUACGACUUCUUCGCCAUCAGUCAUUUCAGCACUCAGCUAGUGACCCCCACCAUUGAAGAAAACAAACUGCCCUCCAGGUUGGGGGUGCAGUACAUGGGAGACAUCACCUGGAUCAGGUCCCCUCGGCCCAAUGCCCCCGUAGUGCCCUGGGGACUCAGGAAGGCCCUCAACUGGGUGGAGGAGCGCUACCCUGGCGUGGCGGUCUACGUGGUAGCCAAUGGGGUGCAGGAAGACCCGGCCCGCUUCGACGACAGUCUGAGAGUCUACUACCUGUACAGCUACAUCAACGAAGCUCUUAAAGCCUACACCCUAGACGGGGUCAAUCUGAAGGGUUACUUCGCCUACUCCCUGAACGACCAGAGAGACCCAGGCUUCGGCUUGUACGGUCAUGUCCAGGAGGAGGAAAUCCUCAAAACAUCUCUGUCCCAGUAUCAGAACAUUAUCCGGCACAACGGCUUCCCUCUCCAGGGGACCCUUACCUCGGCCCUGCAGUGCCCCACUCAGCCUCUACCCUGCUCGGGUCUGGUCCUGACCAAGAGGCCUGUGGUGGGCUUCCUGUCUCUGGUGGGGUCAGCGGUCCUGGUCACCCUUGGGCUGAUUAUAUACUACGCUGCCAAGAGACACAGGGGCCCUACAAAUGGCACCAUAUUCUCUAAAAUAUAGGGCCCUGGUCUAAAGUAGUGCACUAUAUAGGGAAUAGGGUUCCAUAGGGCCCUAGUCUAAAGUAGUGCACUAUAUAGGGAAUAGGGUUCCAUAGGGCCCUAGUCUAAAGUAGUGCACUAUAAUUGGGAAUAGGGUGCCAUAGGGCUCUGGUCUAAAGUAGUGCACUAUAUAGGGAAUAGGGUUCCAUAGGGCCUUAGUCUAAAGUAGUGCACUAUAUAGGGAAUAGGGUUCCAUAGGGCCUUAGUCUAAAGUAGUGCACUAUAUAGGGAAUAGGGUUCCAUAGGGCUCUGGUCUAAAGUAAUGCACUAUAUAGGGAAUAGGGUGUCAUAGGGCUCUGGUCUAAAGUGGUGCACUAUAUAGGGAAUAGGGUGUCAUAGGGCUCUGGUCUAAAGUAGUGCACUAUAUAGGGAAUAGGGUGCCAUUUGGGAUCACGUGGUGAUGAAAAUGAAGUGUACUUAUGAAGCGUGUGUUAUAGGUAGUCCUCCGGGUUCGAGUCACUUGACCUUUAACCCUUCAAUGUGUGCUGAUCUGAAGGAAUCAGGACAAAGGUAGAAGCAACACGUCGGAAUAUCCACCAUGUCAGCACUAGAUGUCUGACACCUAUCCAGUUCCUCGAGAUCUGUAUAACAAAGUCGUGGGUUAGGGCCAAGGGUUUAUUGUAGCACGCCCCCGCCCCCGAUAUAGACCCAUGUGGGAACACAUAACUGGGGCCAUUUAGACGGUUUACGACACUGUGUAGAGAAUGUCGUUGAUUUAGCUGAUGUGGUGUGUCUCUGUGUUCGUAGAACACGUCGUUUUAUGAAACUCAACCUGCAGCGUUUGUUUCAUGUAUUUCAGUCUGAAGAUAAAGUAUUGUUCUUUAAAAAAAACAA